CAUCUCGCAAAACCUCACCAUCCACAAUAUUCAGCCUCGCCUCGCCCUCUAGAAACAAAACCUCACCAACUUUUUCCAUCUAGUCCUUCACGUCUCUUCACAUGCUCUACAAAUCUCACACCCAAAUAUGAAUUUCGGCGUCCUUGAAAUCGCGCCCUCAAAAUACGUUCCAGCCCCAGGCUACGCAUAUGUACCCGAUGUAUCCAAUGCGCCGCAAAUAGGAUUACAGCCUUCGGCGCGCCGCGCGCGCGGCCCAGCUGGUGCGGGAUUGGGUGCGGAAACGACGAAGAAACAGGAUGCGAAAAUUCUGAGAGAGUUGGCGCAGCUGGAUAGGGAGAAUCAUAGGGAUGUUAAUAUACCGGUUACCGGGGGCGGGAGGGGGAAGGAAGGAGGGAGAGGAAACCAAACCAAACUCACCCCCUCGGUCCGCAAAAUCCUCGCCUCCCAAAAAACAUUCGCAAACCAUCUCUCCGAUUUCGAAGCCCUCUCCGCCCUUCCCACUUCCACUUCCACAACCUCCGUCCAGCAACCCCCUCCCCCUCCCCUCUCCACCCCCAAAGUCCCUCCCGCCCCCGGCUUCACCAGCACCGGAAAACGCAGCCACAAAAGAAAAGAACCCCUCCCCCCCAUCAUCGACCCCAAGCGCAGCCACAAAAGAAAAGAUCCCAACGCCCCGGCCAUUUCCACACCCCUACGAACCAUGAGCACGAGCGCACCGAUGAUCAACUCCGAAGCGGAAACAGCAGCUGCAGUGAGUUCCACACCUGCGAUAUCCACGCAAGCCGAAUCCACAUUCGCGCCGUUUUUGUGCGCCUUGCCGCCCCCGAAACCGCACCCCCGAGAUCACGACCCGUUGCUUGUUUCGCGCGUGCCGAAUCUGCCGAGUGUGCAGGAGAUGCAGAGGUUGUUGGAGGUGCCGCCGUUGAGUUAUGGGGAGGCGAGAGGGGGCUGGACGGAGGAGGAUCGCAGGAAACCCGGGAGAGUGUUCUGUGAGGUGUGUGGGUAUUGGGGGAGAGUGAAGUGUAUGAGGUGUGGAGGGAGGGUGUGUGCGUUGGAUUGUUUGGGGACACAUAAGGAAGAGUGUUUUAAUAGGUAUGGUGCUUAGGGAGGGUUGGACGGGAUGAGAAGAUGUGGGAGGG